GUUGGCUGUAAAUAACUUACAUUAUGUAAGCAAUGUUCUGGGUAUAAAAGAUCCAAUACAUAAACAAAAAAUUUCACUGAAAGCCAUGGAUGUUGUUCUUUUUGGCCCGCCAAGAGAAACCGGCACUCGCUGGAAGGAUUACAUUCUUGUCACUCUUCUAUUGAGUGCGAUAAUAGGAUGUUGGUAUGCUUAUCAGCAAAAUAAAAAUGCUAAACGACACUUGCGUCGAAUGGCGCAGGACAUGGAAGGAUUACAACGAGCUGAACAAAGUCUCCAAGAAAUGCAAAAGGAAUUGGAGUUAGCUCGCAUGGAGCAGGAAAAUGUUGCAACAGAAAAAAUGGAUCUCGAAAGGCGGCUUAAGGAAGUGCCUUCAUUUACCUCUUCAAGCUCAGAUCUGGAGGUACAGCAGCUAAAGAAAGAAAUUGAGAUGUUACGCAAUGAACUAACACGUGCCGAAUACGAGUUGGUGGACAACUGUUGGACUCCACCUCAGCAGCUACAAUCAUGGCUACAGUACACAUAUGAAUUAGAAAGCAAAAACCAUCAAAAGAAACGUAUUUCUGCGGAAAAACAACUUCAAUCCGCUCGUGAAGCAUGUGAAAAAUUACGUAAAAAGCGUUCAAGCUUGGUUGGCGCCUUCGUUUCAACGCACGGCAAGAGUAUUGAUGACGUCGAUCGUUCUAUUGUUGAAGCACGUAAUGCUCUUGGCGAAGUAACUAAUGAAUUUCAGGAACGCCUCCACCGUUGGAAGCAAAUAGAAACAUGUUUAGGGUUGAAUAUUGUCAACAAUAAUGGGCUACCUUACUUAGAGAAUGUUCUUUAUAACCGUAAUGGUGGUAAUAACAGUUCUAUUGGUAUUAAUUCUACAAAAGGCUCUAGAGCAAGGAUCACAUGCAGCACAGACGAGCUUGAUGACGAAUCAGUACAAGGUAAGAUGCAUUUUGAGAAUUUUUCACUGCUUGCAACGGAGUAGUUUUGUUGCGUUUGACUGGCAAGACAACACAGGAACAACACAUUGUGAACCGAACAUGC